UUCUUAGUUGCGAGUGAGCUAAUGCGUACUAUUGUUGGGUGCUUUGUCUGCCAUGUUUCGCGUCACUGGCAUUUCAGUAAUAAUUAAGUGCUGAAAAGUUAUUGUACUAAAAUAAUUUAGCAUUUAAGGAUGUAUAUUCGUCAGAUAAUCAUUCAAGGAUUCAAGAGCUAUCGUGAGCAAACUGUCAUCGAGCCUUUCGACUCCCGCCAUAAUGUCGUCGUUGGGCGCAAUGGUUCAGGCAAGAGCAAUUUCUUCUAUGCGAUCCAGUUCGUGCUGUCAGAUGAGUUUUCCCACCUUCGGGCUGAACAGCGCCAGGCCUUGCUACAUGAGGGCACGGGGCCUAGAGUUAUCACGGCCUUUGUCGAGAUAAUAUUUGAUAAUUCUGAUGGCAGAAUACCAAUUGACAAAAAUGAUGUGUGCCUACGUCGAGUGAUCGGUGCCAAAAAAGACACUUACUUCUUGAAUCGGAAAGCAGUCACCAAGCUUGACGUAAUGAACCUGCUGGAGUCGGCGGGCUUCUCGCGCUCGAACCCUUACUACAUCGUGAAGCAAGGCAAGAUUAACCAGAUGGCCACGGCACCAGACUCGCACCGCAUCAAGCUGCUCAGAGAGGUGGCCGGCACACGGGUCUAUGACGAGCGCCGCGAGGAGUCUAAAGGCAUCCUUAAAGAAACUGAAAGUAAGCGAGAGAAAAUAGAGGAAUUUCUACGGACCAUUGAGGAGCGACUUACUACGUUGGAAGAAGAGAAAGAAGAACUCAAAGAGUAUCAGAAAUAUGACAAAAUGAGGCGCUCUCUUGAGUACACCAUCCACGACCGAGAGCUCAAGGAAACCAGGAAGAAGCUGGAUGAUAUGGAAAACCAGCGGAAGAACUCAGGGGCUGAGCAGGAGAAGCAGCGCCAGGCCCUGCAGAAGGCACAGGAUGCCAUUAAGAACGCCACCAAAGACAUGAAGGACAUCAAGCAGAAGCUCACACAGGUACGAGAAGAGCGAGACACGUACAACAUGGAGCAGCAGCAGCUGCUGAAGGAGAAGACCCGCCUGGAGCUCAUGAUAAAGGACCUGAGUGAUGAGGUUCAGGGGGACAACAAGAGCAAGGAGCGUGCGGAGAAAGAGCUUGAGAAGCUCAGGGCCACCAUCGCCCUCAAGGAAGCUGAACUUGAAAGCAUCAGACCAAAAUAUGAGGAGAUGAAGAGACGUGAAGAUGCUGCACAGCGCGAGCUGUCCCUGAAGGACCAGAAGCGCAAGGAGCUGUACGCCAAGCAGGGCCGCGGCAGUCAGUUCACCUCGAAGGAGCAGCGCGAUCAGUGGAUCCAGAAGGAGCUCAGAUCAAUAGACCGUGCCAUGGUUGAAAAGAGUGAUCAGAUAACCAAGCUAGAGGAGGAGAUAGAGCGGGAUCGUAGGCGAGCUCUUGAUCUCGAGGAUAAGUUGAAGGAACUGUCCGUUCAGACUGAAAGCUAUCGUGGUAACAUAGACGAGUAUAACAAGGUCUUCUAUGAAAUGAAGAAACGAAAGGAUCAGCUGCAGAGCGAGAGAAACGAGCACUGGAGACAGGAGAACAACCUACAACAAAACCUAAGCACCCUCAAGGAGGACUUGUCCAAGGCGGACCAGCAGCUCCGCUCCAUGGCCGGCAAGCCCAUCUUGAACGGGCGUGACAGCGUCCAGAAGGUACUGGACACUUUCAGGGAGCGCGGAGGACAUCUCGCUGAGAUCGUCCCUCAAUAUUUCGGUCUACUCAUCGAAAACUUCGAGUGCGAGCGCAGCAUCUAUACGGCAGUUGAAGUGACUGCCGGCAGCAGGCUGUUUCAUCACAUCGUGGAAUCGGACCGGGUUGGUACGCAGAUCCUAAAAGAAAUGAACAAGCAAAAACUGCCCGGCGAAGUGACAUUCAUGCCUCUCAACCGACUCACUGUAAAAGAAAUCGAGUAUCCCCAAACAAAUGAUGCCAUCCCAAUGGUGAGCAAGUUGACGUACAGCGAGCGCUACACCAAAGCCCUGCGCUACAUUUUCGGUCGCACGCUCAUCUGCCGUAACCUGGAGGUGGCCACCAACCUUGCUCGCUCCACCAAACUUGACUGCGUUACGCUUGACGGAGAUCAGGUAUCGAGCAAGGGCUCUCUCACCGGCGGGUACUUCAACUCCAGUCGCUCUCGUCUCGAGAUGCAGAAGAACAGAUCUGAACUGCAGGAGCAAAUCAACAACGCUGAGGGGGAACUGCGCCAAUUGCAGGCUACGCUCCGGAAUACUGAACAGGAGAUCAACAAAAUUGUCGGUGAAAUGCAGAAAACCGAAAUCAAGAACAGCAAGGCCAAGAACCUCUUCGAAAAAGUAAAGUCAGAUAUUCGCGUGAUGAAGGACGAGCAGCAAAACUUGGAGCGGUCAAAGCAGCCUAAGGAGCGGUCUUUGGCGCAGCUGAAGGCCAAUUUAGAAGCCAUGCAAGCCACUAAAGAAGGUCUCGAGUCGGAGUUGCACCAAGAUCUCCUUGCUACGCUAAGUGUGCAGGAUCAACACGAGGUAGAUCAGCUGAAUGACGACAUCCGUCGCUUGACACAAGAAAAUAAAGAAGCUUUCACCAGGCGUAUGAAGUUUGAGGCUGACAAAAACAAGCUUGAGAAUUUGCUGACUAACAACUUGAAUCGUCGAAAAGACGAAUUAAUGCAAGCGUUGCAGGAGAUCAGCGUGGAAGAUAGGAAGAUGCAGCUCGACCAUAGCCAGAGUGAGAUCGUGAGAGUCGAUGCUCGUAUCAUCGAAGUCACGGAACUUUUCAAAGAUGUCGAUAAGAAAGUCGCAGAAGCGCAAAAAAAAGAUAAGCUGAUGAAAACUGAACUUGAAAAGUACAAACUUAAAGAAAAAGAAAUUAUGGAACAAAUGGAAGAUGACGCCAAAGAUCUUGAAAAAAUGGCCUCCAGACAAAAUCUCCUACACCAGAAAAUCGAUGAAUGUACAAAGAAAAUCCGAGAGCUGGGCUCGCUACCGUCUGAUGCGUUCGACAAAUACCAGAAUCUCGCUACCAAACAACUUUUUAAGAAACUGGAAACCGCCAACAUGGAGCUCAAAAAAUAUUCCCACGUCAAUAAAAAGGCAUUGGAUCAAUUCAUUUCCUUUUCUGAGCAGAAGGAAAAACUUGUCGCUCGUAAAGAAGAAAUUGACAGAGGGCACGAGAAGAUCAAGGAGCUUAUGCAGGUACUGGAGCAUCGCAAAUACGAAGCUAUUCAGUUCACAUUCAAGCAAGUCUCGAAAUACUUCAGUGAAGUUUUCAAGAAGCUCGUACCUCAAGGCCAUGCGCAGCUCGUCAUGAAGACGGAUGGAGAUGAGGAAGGAGAGGCGAGUGAAGAACAGCAAGGAACCACUGACAAUUUCACAGGAGUGGGCAUCCGCGUUUCCUUUACUGGGCGCAACGCUGAGAUGCGCGAGAUGAACCAGCUUUCCGGCGGCCAGAAAUCCUUAGUGGCUCUUGCCUUGAUUUUUGCUAUCCAGAAAUGUGACCCGGCUCCCUUCUACUUAUUUGAUGAAAUUGAUCAGGCCCUGGACGCGUCGCAUCGUAAGGGUGUGGCCGACAUCAUUCACGAGCUGAGCUCCCAAGCUCAGUUCAUCACGACCACCUUCAGACCCGAACUCCUGGAGCACGCCAAUAAGUUCUAUGGCGUCAAGUUCCGAAACAAAGUCUCCCACGUCGAGUGUGUGUCGAGAGAAGAAGCGUACGACUUCGUCGAAGAUGAUACCACGCAUAUCUAGUUCAUUACUGCCACAUCACUCUCCUUAUUUACCUGUCACAGACUUGAAGGAGGAAUUGAUUGCUUACUAACCGCUAAUGAUUUAAAAUCAGAUGAUUGCUGAGAGAUGUGGUGCCAAGUCAAGUGUAGUGACUGAAGGGAAUAACUCUUAUUUCAACGUUUUUUUUUGCUCGAGACGAGAAAAUGUACAACUAUCCUUUUUAUUUUUGACAACGGAGAAACCAUUUGUAUGCUGCCUUUUAUUUUUGGUUGGAGAUAAUAAGUGUUAUGUAGUGCUUUAAACAACCUUUUCUUAAAACCUUUUUUCCAUAAACCUAUUAUGCUGCGUUCGCAUAACGUGAAAGCUUUUUCAGUGCUCUAUUAAUGAUGAGCUCUUAGUUGUAGGUAUUUUUUUAAAUGCAUUCCUCGAAACUUGUGUAAUCGCACCCUCUCGACAUUCUUGCCCGAAGCGUCCAGUGAAUUCAUGCCUGUCGUUGCAGUUAAGGCAGUGAGAGAACUGAAAUUUCAUUUGAGGUUUCAAUUUACAAACAUAUUUCAGUAAAAUAAUUGAAGGAAGAACGUUUGAGAGGAUUGUCUGAAUACAGAUGUUUCAAGUUUAGUUUGUGACAUGAAUUUGAACGGAAACCAUUCAUGAAAUGCCUGAUUUUGAAUGCAGCCUGGAAGACAGCAAAUGUUGAAGGGUAGCUUCUUUGUGAGUGUACCUCGGAAACACGAGUUUUACAAAAUAGUUUGAUUUUUCGCAACGCCAAAUUGUGCUGUAGAUUUUGACGAUUGAUGACGUACCUGUUAGUAGUUAUGAGGUUUAAGAAAUUGGACUGUUCAUAUUUUAUACUAAACAUGUGUAAAUAUCAAGUGAGACAGAUCUUUCAGUUCCGCCGUUUCUUAAUAAAGUUGAAACGUUA